ACACUCUAAAGGUGUUUUGUGUUGGAAUAGUUUUCACAGAUGGAGUUAUGUGCUGUUUCUAGAGAUGGAUGGAAACAUUGAGUUUGCACAUCACUUAUUCUUGUUCUCCAAGAAUGGGAAAAUCAGAGAGCCAAAUGGAUAUCAUGGAGAAAAGCACUAAACCGAGGAAGCAUCGCUGGACUGUAGUGGAGAUCGGACUGUCUGUCACUGUGCUUCUGAUGAGCUGCGCUCUGGCUGGACUCAUAGUGCUCUACACUUCAGCUCUGAGAGAGCGUUUUAACAUAAAUGAAUCUUCAAAAGCAGGGCUGAAAUAUCGAUCAAACGCUGACAGCAAUGUCUGUACAACCCCACAGUGUGUCACUGCCGCGGCCCGACUGCUCCAGAACAUGGACCCCAGCGUGGAGCCGUGCCAGAACUUCUAUCAGUACGCCUGCGGAGGCUGGAUGGAGCGUCACGUCAUUCCCGAAACCAGCUCACUUCACAGCGUAUUCAAUAUCCUGAGAGACGAGCUGGAGAUCGUACUCAAGGGAGUUCUGGAGAUGGAAAAUAAGGACGACAGAGAGGCCUUUAAGAAAGCCAAAACGCUCUACAGCUCAUGCAUGAAUGAGAUUCUGAUCGAGCAGCGCGACUCGCAGCCUCUCCUCGGACUCAUUGACAGUAUCGGCGACUGGCCCGUGGCCUCUGAGGUCUGGAACAGCACAUCAGAGCGAAUGUGGAGCCUGGAGGAUACCCUGGCUGUUCUGAACGCUCGGUACAAUAAGAAGGCUGUGCUUGAGAUGUUUGUGUGGCCAGAUGAUCGUGACUCCAGCCGCUACAUUAUUCAUGUUGACCAGCCAUUACUAGGAAUGCCUUCAAGAGAUUAUUACCUCAGUGAUGGCAACUAUAAGAAGGUGCGCAAGGCCUACCUCGAGUUCAUGGUCUCCAUAGCAAGGAUUGCACGAGAAGACAGGAACCUGACCCAAGAUGAAGAACGGGUGUGGGAGGACAUGACUCAAGUGUUGGCGCUGGAGACAGACAUUGCGAAUGCUACCUCACCUGCAGAAGAGCGCAAUGACAUCACCGUCCUCUACAACAAAAUGACACUGAGAGAAGCGCAGCAAGCUUUCAACCUCAAUGGCUUUAAUUGGACGCGCUACAUCCAGGGAAUAAUGUCCAGCGUGUCAGUCACGGUGCGACCAGAUGAACCCAUAGUUGUGUACUGCUCACCUUAUCUGGAGAAGCUCAGUGGUGUUCUUUCCAAACACAGUCACAGGACCCUGCAGAACUAUCUGGCGUGGAUGCUCAUCAUGGAGAGGGUCAGCAGUAUGAGCCGGCGCUUCAAAGACGUGAGAGCGCACUACAGAAAGGCUUUGCAUGGCACUACGGUAGAGGAGGCGAGGUGGAGAGACUGUGUCCGUUAUGUACAGGGAAACAUGGAGAACGCCGUCGGGGCCCUGUAUGUCCGAGAAACCUUCUCUGGAAACAGCAAACGCAUGGUGCGUGAGCUGAUCAGAAAGAUUCAGGAAGCUUAUGUGGAAACACUGGAAGAACUGAGCUGGAUGGAUGAGCAGUCCAAGGAGAAGGCCAGAGAGAAGGCCAUGGCGAUAUCGGAACAGAUCGGUUAUCCCGACCACAUCCUUGAGGAGGAAAAUAAGAAACUGGACGAGGAAUACACUCACCUGAAUUUCAGUGAGGAAAACUACUUUGAGAACAUUCUGGAAAACCUGGCAGCUUCAGCUCAGAAAGUUCAUAAGAAGCUGAGGGAGCCCGUGGAUCCUGACAUGUGGAUUAUUGGUGCGGCUGUGGUCAAUGCUUUCUAUUCACACAACAGAAACCAGAUUGUGUUUCCUGCUGGCAUCCUCCAGCCUCCGUUCUUCAGUGAAAAACAGCUGCAAGCUCUAAACUUCGGUGGAAUUGGCAUGGUUAUAGGACAUGAGAUCACUCACGGAUUUGAUGAUCACGGCCGUAAUUUUGACAAGGAUGGGAACAUGUACAACUGGUGGAGCAACUUCUCUGCCGAGCGCUUUGAGGAUCAGUCUAAAUGCAUGGUGGAACAGUACGGCAAAUUCAGCUGGAAACUCGCAGGAGGCCAAAAUGUCAGUGGCAUCACAACAUUAGGAGAGAAUAUUGCUGACAACGGUGGAGUUCGUCAAGCAUAUAAGGCGUAUAUGAAGUGGGUGGAGAGGGAGGGCGAGGAGCCCCGUCUUCCUGGACUGGAUAUGGAUCACAAACAGCUCUUCUUUCUAAACUUCGCCCAGGUCUGGUGUGGUGCCUGCCGCCCAGAGUACGCCAUUCAGUCCAUCAAAACAGACCCACACAGCCCUCUGGAAUACAGGGUUCUGGGGUCCCUCCAGAACUUUGAGGCCUUUUCUGAAGCAUUUCAUUGCGCAAGAGGAGCUCCUAUGAAUCCUGAAGAGAAAUGCAGAGUGUGGUAACCUGCCGCCGGAGAUAAAGGAGUCUGUGUAUAUUUUACAAACUAGGCAACGGUUAGGAGAGCUUGGAUCAUAUUAUGUUGUUCUGUGGCGGCUGCCUGGCUGUUAGUCUGAUAUGACAGACACGACCAAGGUGUGCAACACCUACAUGUGUGACUGCAUAGAUGUCUACUGUGAACUUUCAAAUGCGCACAUAUUACCAACGAGUGCAGGCGUCAGUGACGGUGUUGUUUUUCUGAAAAAGAGGCAUGCUUUUUCAAUGUCUGUUUAAGAGACUUUCAAGCAAGAUUUCGUCCCGUUUGCCUGUUUACAGGUUUCUUGUGACACAUUACUAAUUUUGGCAUCGGAAAACCUGUGUAAAAUGAAAGAGUUUCAUUGUAACGACAAGGCUUAUUGACAUCAGAUUAUUUUUCCAGAUUAUGUAAACGGAUAAAUCCCUCGGCUGGCUUUCGAUUCUGUCGGCUCUCCAAGAAGAUAUCCGUUGCGCUUGAGCGAUCCCAAAAUUAGUCAACAACCGAAGGCUUGGAAGCCGAUAGAGAUUGUGGUUUGAAUAGAAACCAGUCAAGGCAGAGUGUUUGAUUUCAUAAUAAGCAGCCUUGAAAUAUUCUGAAAAUGGUAUUGGAAAUAUUUUUUUCUUUUCUAAAGCAUGCAACGGAGAGAGGCAGACGCUGGAGUCCUAUUGAGCACCGUUUUCCCAAAACAAAUCCUAAUGCAUUUGUUCUCUACACUAUGUUUCACUGAAGAAUCUUUAAAAGCGAGGGCUUAACGUUACGUAAACGGGCCCAUGUUGAUGAUUAAAUGACAACCUUAAGACUGUUAAAACCAUAUCGCUUCAAGCUUCGUGUGUAUUUGUCCAUAAAUAGCUCUGAUUCAUGGCGGCCAUGCAAUUACGCUACAGACUUCUGUUAAAGCCAGCAGAUAAUGGCAGGAAGCUGCUGCAAUACGGGAAUGAAAAAGGUACAACGGGUCACUCAGACUAUUUGUGUGUUUCAUACAAGCUGUUCGUUCUGCCAGGGAACAUUUCCAUACAUUGCUAUUGUUAAGCAUGUUUGGGGCAAGAAUCAGAUCCGGAGAAAUGUACUGUAGUAAAACCGAAGCGUCUUCAUCUGUUCAGUGCUCAAGUUCAGUUUGGUGUUUAUUUGGGAUUCCUAAAAGCAUCAUCGCAGCAUUAAGAAUAUAAAUGUUUUUAUCAGAUCAAGACCAUUUUCUGCAGCAACAGAUCUUGUAACAAAUAUUUGAUCAUAUAUUAGUUUAGUUUUAAUACUCUACAACUGUUUUGUUUACUUAUGGUCAAUGGUGUCGAUGUUCAUGUGACAUAACUCUGCUGGAAAAAAAACUGGUUAUACCAAGUGUAAAGUGGGUAAGUUGUUGUUGUUGUUUAAGAUUUGGGUAGCUGGUUUAUUACUGGUCUACAGGCUCUAACUAGCUAUGGUCUACCAAGCCCAGCUGAUGAACCAUCUAGAGUAGCUUGAAACACUACAUUUUUGAUUUUCCAGCAGGGAACAUGCAAUGUUGUUCAUUAAUGUGGCAUGCAACACCAAAAAGUUUACAGUUAAGUUUUAAGAACAUUUUAGCUGGUUUGUUACUGGUCUACCAACUGGAAAGUCCAGGUGAUGAACCAUCUAGAGUAGCUUGAACCGUUUUUUUUUUUUUUUUUUGCUUGUUGGAAAUAUUUCCAUUACUUGCUGAAAAAGGAAACCUGUUCGAGAAGGAAAAACAAGAAAAACACUGGUCAAAGUUAAACUGACGAACCACCUAGACUAGCAUGAAAUGACUCUAAACUCACAUAAACCAUGAUUUUCCAGCAGAGAAUAUGUGAUUUUGUACAUAGCGGUGCCAUAAAGCACCAAACACCAAGAGGAUUCGUUAGGCAGAGGUCUCGCUCAAGGAUCUGUUAGCUAGCAUCAUAUCUCAUGAUUUCAUAAAUUGGUCUGAGAUUGUGGGCUAAUGGGGCGGCAGCGGUUCAUGUGUUAGCUGGAGCGUAGCAGACGAAGCGACAGCCAGCAGUUCUCUCUCAAAUGGAAACUUUAGGGGAGGCGGCCCUCUCAUUAGAGAUCCAGUCAAGGCCAGUGACUGUUAUUUUCCAUCUUGAUUAAGCAGUAAUGACAGCAGAACUAAAGAACCGAACAGGUUGGAAGAAAAAUGAUAAAAGGAGAUGAUGAAAAAGAUCAAACAGACGUCAGGCAGCCACUGUAGGAGAAGAAAUGGAUUGUCGAGUUCUCAGAAAGCUUAGCGGAGUCAAUACUGGCUUGCCUUGGGUUAUUGAUUAUGACUGUUAUCUCUCAUGACAGAGACUUUGAUCAUUUGAAUGUUCAUUAUCUGCCUUUGAAGCUUCAUUGCCAAUCUAAACCUCUACACCACUGUAAUGGCACGUACUGUUUGAUGCACUGGAGACGUGAUAUACCGAAUGCAAGCAACUUUGGAACAAAUUAAACAUUUGAACCUUGGCGGCAGAAAGGGUUUAUGGUGAUGAAGUGCCAAAUAAAACAUUAUCCCUGAAUUAUUAGUGCAUGCAUUUUCCAAUGCAACAUGCUGCCAGACAAGAAACGGAGGUCUGCCUCAAUUGAAAUUGGAAGGACUUGAGCUUUUUCAUGGGCAGAUACUGGUGUGGAGUAAAUCUGGUGUGAUUAGAAACAAUACUAGAGCCAAUGAUGGACAAAUGUGACCCUGGACCACAAAAACUGUCUUAAGUCGCUGGGGUAUAUUUUUAGCAAUGGCCAAAAAAACAUUGUAUGGGUCGAAAUUAUAGAUUUUUCUUUUAUGCCAAAAAUCAUUAGGAUAUUAAGCAAAGAUCAUGUUCCAUGAAGAUAUUUUGUAAAUGUCCUACCACAAAUAUAUCAAAACUUAAUUUUUGAUUAGUAAUAUGCAUUGCUAAGAAUUCAUAUAGACAAACUCAAAAGCAAUUUUCUCAGUAUUUAGAUUUUUUUGCACCCUCAUAUUUCAGAUUUUCAAAUAGUUUUAUCUCGGCCAAAUAUUGUCCAAUCCUAAUAAACCAUACAUCAAUGGAAAGCGUUUUUAUUCCGUAUAUUGUAUAAAUCUCAAUUUUGAAAAAUGUACACUUAAGGUCCAGGGUCACAUAUGUCAUUCUCUAUAGCUACAGUAUAUAAAGAGAAUUGUGCAGUACGUUAAAUUUAUGUACAGUAUUCAACAUUGUUUUGGUUGAUUUACUUGCCAGUCAAUGCUGUCAAGGUGCAUAAUGGCAAAAUAUCUUCAAAAUAUCAAAACAUAUGCACAUGCAAGACCAUUAAUUCCAUAACAGCAUGCAUUCAUCAACCAGGCGCCUAUUUGUGCAUUUUUAUCUGGCCUUGAGGCUUUUAUUAUAUUGAGAACCAAUAAAAUGAGGUGUGAUGCGAACUACCUGUUCUUUAUACCGCAACAUAUUCGUGCCAAGGAUUGCUGAUGUGAAAAUCUCAUUUUAAAAUAGCUAUUUUGUAUCCUGUGAAAUUAAAAUAUAAAAUCACCCUCUGUGAUUGUUUAUAGAAAUCUGAACUGAAGGAAAAAUUAGUACAUAACACCUAUAAAAUACCUUGCCAAGUGUGAAUUGUAGAAUAGCAUUUGUGUACAUUUUAGUGUCUUCAUUGUGUGGUUUUGAAGGUGUUUAAUUAGAAGUAAGCUUAUGAUGAGUAAUUACGAAGUCAGGAAUCAUUACUUUCUUCUGUGCAUUAUGGGACAAUGCCAAGAACUUGUCAGACACAAGAAUGAUGAUUCACAAUUCAGUUUUACAGAUUCUGUUGUUACUUUUUACAUUGAUUUUUUUUAGUUCAUGGAUAUAUCUCAUGAAAACAUGUCCAGGUUACAUUUCUCAAAAUCAAAAGAAGAAAUUAUAGGUAGUUGACAUAUGUCCAUAAACUGAAUAUUAACUUUUAUUAAUGUUCAAAAUAAAGCCUGUUUUAGAACCAUUAAGAUUCAUCUGAAUUAUAGCAUGACUUUCUUAAAGCAUGUCUCUCAAAUAAAUAAUUUUAAAUUCACACACACACAUGAACACCUGGACAGUGUUGCAGGUUUUAUGAGAUUGUCCUUAUGUUAUGAUAUGCCACAUGACCACAGAUGCUGCUAUGACAAUAUCUAUUCUGUACAUAGAGCUGUUGACUGUUGAAAGGUUAAUAUUUACUGACAGAAAUGCCCUUGAUAUUAUAUAGGGUCCAUGUUUGGUUGAGACCAUAUAUGUUUUAAUGACUUUUCAAGUGAAUGCUUUGUAAUUCUAUCGUUCUGCCAAUAUUAAUUGUCCAAGCAAAAAUAUAAAUGUUAUUUAGCUACCCUAAACAUUGAAAUAUUGUUAUAUUAUAUAAGAGGAACUAUGUAAGCUUCAAAAAUAAACUUAUAUAAAGC